UAAUUUUAUAUGCACUGAUAUGGGCAGUAGAAUGCACUGUGUUGCGCUUUUUCUAGGCUUCACUAUUGCUGUCGUGGUAAGCGGUCACUUUAACUGUACAAACUGUGGCUCUCUCAGAUGUAAUGAAUUCGAAAUGCCCGUGGCCAAGCGACCUCGACGCGAUCAAGUUCUGUAGACCACUGCACACGCCGGUCUGGGAAAUGAGGAAGCUCCGGCACUGCGUCUGCAAGCGCGGCUACGUUCGCAACUCGUGGGGAGACUGCAUACCACUGAAAAUGUGCAGACGGUGCAAGUGUCGCCUGCAGAAGGACUGGAACCUGUGCGCUACUGCCUGCCCCGCGGCUUGCGACAUGAAAAUAAGUGCGUCCUGCAGCAAGACAUGCGUUCCUGGUUGCGAUUGCCCGCCAGGAUGGGUAUUAGACCAGGACAACUGGAAGAAGUGCAUCAAGGUGAAGAAAUGUCAGCCAGUGUGUCCUCCGCACUCAAAGUUCGAACCCUGCGUAAACAGCUGCGCGCCGAAAUGCGGCGUGAGUGCGUCCAAAGAAUGCAAGACCACUUGCUACAGGGGUGACUGUGUCUGUGACACCGGAUUUUCUGAGUUUGUGCGAUACGAAAGAAAGAUAUGCGUGCGCCAGGAACACUGUGGCUGGUACCUCCAUGUAAAAUCGCCUUUUAUACUUGUGGGGACUGAGUUUACUAAUGGUGCAGUACGUCUAGGUGGUAUCGCGAACUCCCAGGGAAACCACAUGCUGCUCCCGGGUACUGUCGGUGGGAUGCCCAGUGGGCCACAUUUGCUGGGUCUCUCAGGUAACUCGCCAACUGGUAACAGAUCUGCAGGGGCAGGUACAAGGUCAACUGUUCUACCGGGACUUGGCAGCAUUGGUGUCGUAGGCGGACUCCCCCCUGCCUUUGCAGGAAUCGCUGUGGUGGAAAGCAGGCCGAGCCUCCAUCCGUCAGCUGCUGGAGGAAAUAUGGCAAGCCAUCAAAACAUAGGCAGUGCAUUCCAUCCCAUAGCCACGUUACCUGCAAGUGGCGGUGUCGGAGGAUGUACAACUGGAAGCCAUCAACUUGUUUCCACAGGGAAUAUCGUGUUCGGUGCAAACACGGGAGCUGCACUUCCACAAACCGUUGCACCAUCUAGUGCAAUUGGUAGUGCAGUAGGUAGAGUGAGUACUCCCUCGCCUGUUUCAUCAGUAUCUGUCGGUGGCGGAGGAACCGUUCCAGGAAGGCUUUCAUCGGUACCGGCAGAAUAUCGCAGACUAAUAUUAGGUACCAAUGGUAUACAUUCGCCGGUUUCUCUUGUAGGUAAUAAUAUCGGUAUCGGGGCAAUUACACCUGCUACUCUCCGAAACUAUUCUUCGGGACAUGGAGCCAUUUCUGCCGUUGCACUUUCCCCUGGUCAUGCAGUGUCCGAAGGGAUAAGAAGCACUAAUAACCCAGCCAGCCGCGUCCCACACACAGCAUGGGCUGGAACUUCUUUCCCUGCCCCAGCAAGCACAGUGAGCAUGCCAUCUUCGGCUCUGCGCAACGGUAUAGCAGGCGCCGCGUCGAGUAGUGGUUCAGGACGUCCCGAAAGCGGUAUGAGGACAGGCCUGAGUACAGUCACAUCUCAAGGCGGAACUCUUACCACCAGUGCACUUACUCCUAGUCCUGUGUUAUUCGAAGGGAUUAGUAGUAAUGUUCACUCAGCCGGAAGCAUCUUAACAACUUCUCGUGGUGCAACUCCUUUUUCUGUCACAAUAAGCACAGUCAACGUACCACAAUCUUCGGCGAUACACAAUGCUGGAGGAAGCAUCUCUUCAAGUGGAGGUUCACAAGUUGGCGGAACUGGUGUCAGCACAGGCCCUGUGAGCACACUCACGAACACUCAACCCGGAACUCAUGCAACCAUUACCCUUUCACCUGGCUCUGCGGGGCUAGGAGGGAUUGGUACCAUUAAUGUCUCACCAGGAAGCACCAUGCCAACAACUGAUUUGGCAGCUUCCAGUCCGAUAUUAGGCACCGCAAGCACUCCACAAUCUUUGGUCUUGCACAGUGGUGGGGCAAGUGCCGCGUCAAGAGGUCAUUCACAACCCGCUGUAUCUGGUGUCACCACAGGCCCAUGGGGUACACUCACAAUCACUCAAGGUGGAACUCUUCCACCCAUUACAGCGAUUAACACUGGGGGUAAUGCUAUUGCUACCACCUUAGCGCACCUCCCUGCCAGUACUACGCGAAACUCAGGGGGUGAACUUGUUUCUAUUAGUGCAGGAACGCCGUCAAGCGGUAACGUUAGAGGAGGAUCUAAUGUAGCCUUAUCUGGCACAUUUGGUGGUGCAGGAAUCAAUGCGCAAACAGGCAGAAACACACCUGAUGCAGAGCGUUCUGGCAGAUAUAGCGCGGGAAUCAACAGUUUCGCUGCAACCGCGAACGGCACUGAAAUCGUAACCGGGACUAACGCCCUGGAACCACGCCCACCUAGUAAUAUGGCAUAUCAAGGCGGUGGUGUUACCGUUCUGUCUGGUUUGACGGGGAAUAUUCCUGGUCUUGUCAACGUGGGUACCGCCAGGUCAACUCCACACACCACAGGUCAAGGCAGCACAUCACGCGGAAUGUCUGAGGUAAGAAAGCCAUCGCAUAGUGCUGCAGGAUCAGGCGUUUCUAGAGUGCCUUCAACAGUUCCGUAUUUACCCGGUACUGUAGGAUACAACAACAUGCUCUUUAGAAGGCAUUUACAGGGUGCACGGUCGUUCGCAUCGACCAUUUCCGGUAGUUCUGUGCUGAAUAAAUUCCCAGAAUUCGCUAGAUUGUAUCCCGAAGGCGUUGACCUCGGGGAAAUCCAGCCGGAACUCAAGAGGCAGGUGGAGGUUUUGCUCAAGCGUGGGACGCUGCGCGAUGAAAGUUAAUAAAGUUUUGUUGAAG